GUAGACAGGAAAAGCCCCGCGAACUUUUGAAUUGCAUUUCCUGUUUGGCCAGCGUGGAGCUCUGAUCAGCACAGGUGACCACACAGAGCUCAUCAGCACAGGUAACAAUGCAGUCUCCUGAGAACAGAAAAAGAGCAUCAGCAUGGACCGCACGGGAGGUACUGGAUCUGAUCGCUAUAUGGGGAGAAGAUUCAGUGCUAACAGAACUCUGUUCAAAAAGACGAAAUGAAAAAACUUUUGAAAAAAUUUCCAAGACCAUGAUGGAGAGAGGCCACACCAGGGACUCAGUGCAGUGCAGAGUGAAAGUGAAGGAGCUCAGACAAGCCUACCAGAAAACCAAAGAGGCAAACGGAAGGUCUGGGGCAGGGCCGAAAACAUGCCGCUUCUACGCUGAGCUGCAUGCAAUUUUAGGGGUCUGCGCCAUCACUACCCCACCCCUGUCCUUGGAUUCUGUGGUAGGGGUUGUAAUCUCAGCCAUGCCUGAGGAUUAUGUGGACGGGGAAGGUGAGGAGGAGGAAGAGGAGGACGAGCUUGCAGAGAGCACACAGCACUCCAUCAGCCCCAACAGCCAGGAUCUUUUUCUGACCCAGACGGAAUUACCGUCCCAGCCCUCCCAACCCACUAGCCCAGACAGUGAAGCCAUGGAACCGACCUCUGCUGCACAUUUUUCAAGCCUCCCUACUCCAUCCUAAAGGCUAGCUCAGAUAAGGCGGAGGAAUAAGAGGAU